AUGAAUCGAACCCGCGCUUACUCCCAUCACUCGCAAUAUAGAUUAUUACCACAAGCAACUAACACUGCAGGAUUUCUGACACCCCUUCAGAAACAAAUAUUGCGAUGUGGACCAAAAUAUGUAUACCCCAACUAUAGAGAGGCACUCAAAAGAUUACCGAACGAGGUAAAAGUCAUGACUGACAAAAUAAUGGACAAAUUUAGAGAACAACCAAAUCAGCCUAAAUUUGUCAGGCCAAUAAUAGAUGACUUCAGCGGAAAAAUAAAACAGAUAAUUCAAGAACGACUGGUAGAAAAUGAUCUAUCUCAUCGACUGAAUUACGCAUCUACAUCCAUUGCCUUGAAACAUCUGUUAGAUAAACAGAAAAACAAAGAAGUAGUGUUUCGACAAACAGAUAAAUCAAAAGUAUUUAACUUAGAUACACCAAGUAAUUAUGCUAGAAAAUCAGACGACUAUAUGGCCAAAACGGAUGCAUAUACAGAAAUAUCUGAACACCCCCUGAAACAAAUGAUAGACAGCACAAAUAAACUCUUGCGAGAUUUAUUGGGGCAGAAACGUAUACCAGCUAGUGUAUUCGAAAAGUUGAAACCACCGCAAGACUGCGAGUUACCACAUCUUUACUAUAAUCCAAAGGAUCACAAACCCGGUGUACCUUUGAGGCCAAUAGUAGCGGGGAUUAAGUCACCAAUUACACCUAUUUCAAAGUACUUGGACAAGACUUUACGACCUAUAUUUGAGAAAUACACCCAACAUUAUACGCUACAAAAUACAUACGUAUUUUUGAAUCAUCUGGAUAGGCAUCCUAUGACAGACGACACCAUUUUAGCUACAUUCGAUAUAACUGACUUAUACACCAUGAUUCCUCAAAAAGAAUCAAUUAUGGCGCUAUGUAGAUUUCUAGCAAAAUGUGGAAAGUCUAAAAUCAAUAAUAUCUCCAUUGAUACUUUUGCAAAAUUAAGUAGACACGUAUUAGACAAUGCCUAUUUCGCAUAUGAGAAUCGACUUUUUAAACAAAUAAAAGGAGGACCAAUGGGCUUUGCUAUCACUCAAAUAUUAGCUGACGUUUAUAUGUUUGAAUGGGAAAAAGAUAUACUGGCCCAACAAACAGCAGAAAAACAACUGUAUGUACGAUUUAGAGAUGACAUCUUUUUAACCUCAAGACUGAGCAUAUUAGAUCUCGAAAAACACCUUAAAUCUUAUAAUGAGCAAGACCGCCAUAUAAAACUAACUUAUGAAAUUGGCAAGACUGUCAAUUAUCUAGAUGUGACUGUUCAUGUUCAAUGUCCAGUUGCACGCACGACAGUUUACCAUAAGCCAGCGGCU